UAUGUAUGAUAUUCGUUCGCUAUUUCGUCGUCUCCCUUCUCUACCAUUAUCUCCUCUACUUAAGACCUUCGUCUUCCUCUUUCCCCCUUCUUCUUCUCCUUUUUCUUCGCGCUAUUGCGCUUUCGUUCAUGCUUUCCGCGCGGAUUCAGAAGCUUUGAGGAUCCGUUUUCCGUGAAUUCUGUUUUCGUUCGUGUCAGAUCCGUGGUGGUUUGAGAUUUUAUUUUUUUGUUUGAAUUCGGUCGAUCUCGGUUGUAAAUUUCGUUCGCUGUUUUCGCACUGUGUUAGGAUUCGAUACUUGGAGCAGUUUAGUUGGAGUAAAUUGGUUCAUAACCUUUGCUGUCUGUUGCGGGUGGUUAUGGCUUCGAUUAGGGCAGAUCUGGGCGGGAGGAUUUACCCCGAGCCGAUCGACCACUUCGACCGGCUGCCGGACUCGCUCAUCCUCCUGAUCUUCAACAAAAUCGGCGACAUCAAGGCGUUAGGUCGGUGCUGCGUGGUUACGAGGAGAUUUCACACUCUCGUUCCCCAAGUGGACAACGUCAUAGUGCGCGUCGACUGCGUUAUCUCCGACGACGAUCCUUCAACCACGUCAUUCGCGUCUACCGGCGCGUCGUCUUCUGCCUCCGAUAAGUCGCGCCAUCCCAUAUCGUCCUUAUUUCGAUUGUUAUUUACCGGACUAUUCAAACCCUUGCAGUCUAUCUCUCAUCUCUUCACACCUUCGCCGCGCCUUCUCCCGAUUUCUGACGAUUUGGAGGGUGAAACUGAGCAAAGCAGUGUCACACACCACUCACCUACCCAGGUCCUGAAGAAUUUUAACGAGAUCAAGCUCCUAAGGAUAGAACUGCCGAGUGGUGAGUUGGGGAUAGAUGAUGGUGUUCUGCUUAGGUGGAAGGCGGAAUUUGGCUCCACUCUCGAUAAUUGUGUUAUUCUUGGUGCUUCAAGUGUUGUUCAGGACAGCAUGAAUGGUAACCAAGAUGUCUUUGGCACCUGUAAUAGUAGAGAGGAUGCAAACAAUACUAAUAAUAAUGGAGUGGUGGAGAACGAUAAUGGGAGCAUACCAGAGUCAUUUUACACCAAUGGGGGCUUGAAGUUGCGAGUUGUGUGGACAAUUAGUUCGUUGAUAGCUGCAUCAGCGAGGCAUUACCUUCUGCAGCCCAUAAUAUCAGAACACAAGACACUGGAGAACUUGAUUCUGACUGAUGCAGAUGGACAAGGCGUUUUGUCCAUGAAUAAGGAGCAGCUGGAGGAGCUGAGGGUGAAGCCGUUGUCAGCAUCAUCAGCAUCAAAGAGAACUUUGGUUCCGGCACUAAAUAUGCGCUUGUGGUAUGCUCCCCAUCUUGAGCUCCCGAAUGGAAUGGUUUUGAAAGGGGCAACACUGGUUGCAAUCAGGCCCAGUGAACAGCCAAAGAAAGAGGUACUUUUGGACUGUAGUUGGGUUGCAUCAGCAUUUGAGGAGCCAUUUGGGACUGCUGCAAGGAUGUUGGUGAAGAGGCGAACAUACUGUUUGGAAAUGAACUCUUUCUGAGAUGCUACUUGUACAAGGAUGAGGACGUAUGUAUGAGUUUUGCCUAUUCAAGACAUGAUGGUGGUACUGCAAGUGUGAAGAAGCACAUAAUACGCAGUUUUGCUUUGAGUGUGGUGUGCUCUCGGAGUUAGCCGGGCCAAGAUAAUUUGCUUCCAAAUAUGUCACUACAUUUAUGCUAUUUGGUUAAUGGUUGGUUAUGAGCUUUGAUCUACCUGCUUUCCAUUGCCAUAUAAUGAUACUAGGCUUCCGCUAGGAUUUUGAUCUCAACCAUACACCUCUACAGGCACCCCCCGUAUGCAAUUGUGAGAAUUAUAUACAUUUUGACUUCUUAAACAUCUCCCCCCUAUGUUUAGUUUUCCUUCUGUGAAUAUAUUAGGUACAGGGGUUAUAUGCUUUUAUGUGUUGUCCUCUUAAAAGUUCAAUUGGGAGUUUAUCUUGAACUUCAGCUGAAUAUUUUAUAGCUGGCUUAAUAAAUGUGAGAAUGGUUGAACUUCCUACCUUCCAAUGA